GUUUUGGCGAAGCCAUCGACGUGAGGGCUACGUGCGAGAAGUCAGGUUAAACAUUAAAAACACGGAAGGAGGGGAGUUACAAUGUCCAGCAGUGUGCUGUGUGGUCGAGGCAGGCUGGUCCUAUCUCAGACCGCUGGCCUUCAAGCUGCAGCUGCUCUCAGGGUCGGCAGAGUCAGAACCUUCUCUGCUGCAAGCUCAGAUGAACCUUACGUCACUGUAUCACACACAGACUCAGGCCCCAGGACCGUGUGGCCUGAUGAGAACAUGGGACCAUUCGGACCUCAGGACAAGCGCUUCCAGUUACCUGGCAACGCUGGAUUUGACUGCCACCUAGAGGGCAUGGAGGACCAAAAGAAAACUCCAGUCCACAAGACGGUUCCAGACGUACUGACAGCCCCAAGCUGCACAGAGAGACACCAGUUUAUACUGGCUCAGUUUGUUAAUGAGUUCCAUGGAAAACUGGGUCCUAUAUCCACGAGAGUACACAAAGCCGAGCAGUACUUUAAUCAGACGGAGACAGAUUGCGCCAUAAAUUCCUGCCCUGAGCUGUUAAGAAAAGAUUUGGAGCUAAUGUUCCCCACAGCACCAAACACCUCCAUCACAGUUGUAACAGUCACACAGAGCAGCAGCCGGUGCGAGGCGGCAGAGCAGGACAAAGAUCAGUUGCUUCACAAAUUUAUGAGCGGCGCCAAAGAGAUGUGCUUCGCUCUGUGGACCGCAGGCUACUGGGCAGACUUCAUCGAUCCGACAACAGGAGCAGCUUUUUUUGCAUCUCCAAUGAGUCAAAGUGCUCUGCGGACAGAGGAGGAACUGAGAGAUCUAGGCUUUCACAUCGAGGUGUCGGCCUCCUGUACAGUUAUACGCCACAUCUUGAGAGGAACGCCUUUGUUUGUUGGGACUGUUUUUACCAACGCACCAACUCACAGCGCCGUCAUCGCAAGACUACAAGGACUUUCAGACGAUGAGGAAUAGGCUCUUUUUUAUUUUAAUUAUUAUUAUUAUUUAUACUCUGCAGAGCUAACUCCAAUCACAAGUGUAUGUUUUAAAGAAGCUUGGAACUUGAUGUACAGUAGUGUUGGUGGUUUAUGUUUUUAUGGACGUGAGUGAGACUCUAAUGUGUACCUCAGUGCUGUGCCUGACUGACAGGUCACCUUUAAACCUGGCUCAUCCUGCACAACAUACACAGAAAAACACACACACUCUAGGUGCAGAAUUUCACGUGAUAUCCAUUUGAUGAGUCUAUAGAAAACAUUUAGAGUAUGACGUGUGUUUUAUAAUAACAGAAACAUUGCUAUGAAAUAGAAACCUUUCACAGGUACCCAGGCAGCUAUCAGUUGCUACUUUGAAAAAUCCAGAUUGACCAUAAGAUUUAGGCUGACUGGUCAGGUCAACACCUUUCAUACCUACAAGUGUACAGUAUUGUUUUUUUUUUUUCUCUGAAAUGUUGCACAGGAUCGAAAGAAAUAUGGAUGCUGUGUUCGUUGAAACAGUACAGCUGUGAAGGAAAAAUAAAGUGACUUAAUCAAGCUG